GCUGUUGACACAACAGUCAGAGGAACAAAGAGCAUCACUGCUAAGUUCAAGAUUUUCGCUAACAGUAUCGCUGCUGUUGAUAAGCUUGACAACCGCGCAAAGAUCAAUGGUGAAGAGAUCAAGUCUAUCACAAUCAACGGAAAGGCUCUCGAUCUUAAGAAGAAUCCUGCUGCAAACCGCUUCUCAUUCUCAGUUGAGGAUGGUAUCGUUACAUUCAAGAACGCUGCAGAAGGAACAACUGUUGUUGUCGCUACAGCUAAGUGCGCUGGCAUCACCUUCACAUACGAGUUCACUCUCAACCUUACAAAGGGCGCUACUCCUAAAUUCAAGGCUCUUACAACUUACGUAGAAGAGAAGGACGGCAAGUAUGCACAUACGAACAAUUUCGAAUUCCCUGGAACACUCGCCGUUGAUAAUGCAAAGGCAACAUUUGCCGAUGGAAACUUCAAUUGGAAAGACUAUGACUCACUUGUUGUCAAUACCGUUGCUUACCUUGUUGUAGCAGGUGUAGAGAAAGACACAAUUGAUCAGGUCAACAUCAAGUUCUGGACAAAGGACCCUAUCAAGUCUGUCGCUCACAAGGAUUCUACAGUUAAACACAAUCCUACUGCAGGUGACAGAGUUGACCUCAAGAGUCUCUUCACUGUUAAGGACUAUAUGGAUUCAACUGUCAUCAAGAACGGUGCCGAUCAUUUCGUAGGCUCUUAUGACUAUGGCAUUAAUUUCGAGUUCGGUGCUGAUUCGACCUGGACAGUCAAAGGUGGUACACUUCCUAAGGGAGCUCUCACACUUGCAGGUUCUAAGCUUACACUCUCCGCUCAGGGUGCACAGAUCGUUAACCCUGUAACAGUUGAGAUCCCAUUCGUUGUUAAGCACGCUCUUGACAAGUUCGGUGUAGCAGCUGAAGACCGUCAGGGAACAGUAAAGGUUACAUUCACUAGCGAGAAGUAA